UAUGACUUUUCCCAAGGAAGGGUCUCAUUUGUAAACAAUUUCUCCAUUUUUCACAAUCCUCUUGUCCGGCUACUGCUUCCACGAUAGAUGAGCUUCAGAUUGUUCCUUCUAGAAUUGAAUUUCCCCCUCUCCGCCGACAGGAGAAUCGCCGGUGAAGUCCAUAAAGGAAGAGCCUUCAGUACAUAUGACUUCGUCGGCGGCGAGUAUUCCGGCAAGAGCGCCUAUGAAGUGUUGGGGAUCUCGGAAAAGAGUUCAUCAGCGGAGAUCAAGGCUUCUUUCCGGAAACUCGCUAAGGAGACACACCCGGACGUUUGUAAUUCUCCCGAUGAGGCCGCCGCCUCCCUUCGGUUCCUCCAAAUCCUUGCUGCAUAUGAGAUUCUGUCAGAUUCUGAAAGGAGGGUUCACUACGACAUCUUUCUGUUUUCACAGAAGAAGAUAUUGCAAAAGAAAUCAGGAUAUUAUUCAGUUAUGUACACAUAUAACUCUAAUAUAGCUAUAUCAAAGCCGGAUGAGGUUGUUGAAUGGCUAAAAUGGUACCGGCAUGUAAUCGAUGAUAUUGUUACCCAGAACAAAGUUGCAACUGGUUCUGGUUAUUUAAAUGAACUUGAGAGUGAACUUUAUUCAGCAAUACAUUUUGCUUAUUAUGGCCCUAUUGUUGAUUCUAUGAAUCUUCUUCCUAAUAGUUUUGAAGCUGAGGAAAGGUCAUUGCGUGAAACUUCUGAGGUUCUGCAUUUGGUUUCUGGGAGAUAUCUUUUUGGAGUUAUUUAUACAGUUGAUAAGGUUCUUGAAUUAUCACAUUUCCACUCAGAAAAGUUGGCUUCUUUUGAAUCUUCAGAAAGUGUAGCUUUUCAGUGUUGUAGUAAGGAAAGGAUGGGUGUUAACUCCAGUUUACCUGGAGGUGAAUAUUUUCAGGAAUUAGAAGUGCGAGAAAAAAGAAACCAUGGAACAGAUAUGUACAAAAACCUGGAGCUGCAUAUUUCUGGAAAAUUAGUUGCUACAGCGACCAGGAGUCCUCAUUGCAAAUCAAAGUGUGACUCUAUGGCUGACAACGAAGAUCAUAUAAAUAUUUUUCUUAAUCUGAAUGAAAAUAACCACAUAGACAACGCAGGGCCUCAGAAUUCCAAUGCAGUUGAGUCUAAGAUUCUCUUGGGAACAAUCACUGGUCUAGGAAGUAAUGCAGAAGAAGGAAUAUGUUCUGUUUAUGAUCGAAAUGGGCAAAAAACUCAUGUGAUAGUAAAACAUAGAACUUUGCUGGUGAAGCACAUGCACUGGUUUCAAAUUGGUGACGGUGAAGUUUCAGCAUAUGAAUGUAGAUGUACCAGAGCCCGCUUGCCCCCUAGCAAAUACUGGCUUUUUGAACCUCGAUCUUCUAUGCAUGACAUUGGUGGUUGGUAUGUUGAAACAUUUGGACAAAACAAAAAGGGGAGGACAGUCCUUUCCCGAAGGCAUUGGGAUGGUGUUAAUGAACAUCCUGAAAAGAGACUCCAUCCAGCCAUUUAUUUACUAGCCCUUGCAUAUAGAACUUUAGAUAUCGAAGAUGCAAAAAGAAAGAAGAGAACUGUUAGAGAUUUUCUAGAACCAAAAAUGCAAAAUAUUGUUCGCUGGUGUAAAAGGUUCAUAUGAUGCUAACAUUCGAAGAUUAAGGGGGUGCAAUAAGAAGAAAUUUUUGUUGCUUAAUAUUUGUGGAUGGCUACCAAGGACCUGUCAUGCAGGAAUUCUGAUGGUCAUUUAUUCUUUUUUGUGACCAUUUCAUUGGGAACUAUUUCCAGAAGAUUUAUCAACCUAUUACCUAUCAAGUAUCCAGUGUGAUUGCUGCAUCGUUCGUGCAGUAACAUGAUGAGCAAGCGUUCUUUUAUCUAUUGUGUUUCCAAUACUUGCGAGCAGUUACAAUCACUUAAAUCAAAGUGCAGAAUUUGUUUCGAACUCGUAUGAGUUUGUUUGGACAUUUAGGUUUCAUUUGGGACGACUUUCUCACUGCUUCUUAAAUCAACUUUUUAGUACAAAAUUUUUAAUAUUUGUACUACAAAGCUACUUUAAGAAGCAAUAAGAAAGUAGUCCCAAACGAAACCUUAAUUGUCCUAUUUGCAGUUUGGACAUUGGAAACGCUAUUCCACUACAUUGAUGGGCAAAUGAUGGUACGUGCCUCCCCUUUCUUGAUUAAAGCACUUUUUUCUCAGUUUAUAAAUUUAGAUGGUAUUAUGCAUUGUUGUCUUGUAUUUUCUUUGCCUUCAGAGUCCUUAUUAACCAAAAAUUUUGAAUAUUAUCAGCAAAGAACUAAAGAAAGAUCUUUGUUUAAACCAGAUGAGAUUUGUCUAUUUUUUCCAGUCUUCUAAUAGCUUAUAGGGAAAUUAGGUCUCUUUUCUAUUUGGAGUUUUUUCCUCUUAAAAUUAAGUUGCUUGUGUAUCAGUUCUUAAUGAUAUCUACAGAUGAUUCCAUCUUUACCUAGAGAAAGUGUGAUUUUUUCACUUGUCUUGCAUGUCUAGAAAUCGCUACAUAAAUGAAGUUAAUUUACAUAUAA